AUGACCUCGACAGCCACCACCACCAAGAAACUCUCCGUCGUCCCACUCCGGCCGGAGGACAUACCGCGCUGCGUGGACAUAUACCUCUCGGCCUUCUCGGACAACGCCCACUCGCUGGCGUGCUUCCCGCGCGGGGCCCCCGCGGUGCGGACGUUCUGGGAGGCCAUGCUGCGGGAGGAGAUGGCUGAUCCGGACGCCGUUUUUCUCAAAGCUGUGGAUGCGGAAGACGGGGAGGGGGAGGAUGAGGAGGAGGCCGCCGCGACGAGGUCCGAGAUGGAGCUGGUGGCGUUUGCAAAGUGGAACCGUCCCAAAACACGGCAGGAGCAGCAUGAGCAGCAGGAUGAGGAAGGCGAGGAGGAGCACGAGGUACAGCUACCCGUGUGGCCGGCAGGAGCGGACUCGCAGCUGUGCCAGAGCACGUUUGGGGAGUGGGCGCGGGCGCACCACCGGAUCAUGGGCGACCGGCCGCACUGGUACCUCGAGAUGCUCGCCACAGACCCAGCACACCAGGGACGCGGCGCCGGCUCACGGCUUCUCCGAUACGGCUGCGAGCAGGCGGACAGGGACGGGGUGGAGGCGUAUCUCGAGGCGUCGCCUGGCGGUGCGCGGAUGUAUCAUCGACACGGCUUUGAAGAGGUCGGGAGGCACGAGACGGAUAUUCGGAGGAGAGCGAGCGCGACUGGGGGCGCAGAGGAUGGGAAUGGGAGAGGGGAGUCGUAUGUCAACUUGUACAUGAUACGGCAGCCCUCUCCUACGGAGCGUAGUCACCAGCCGAGCGACACGUAG